GCGACAUGGUGACCAAGCAGGCCCUGAAGGGCAGGGAGAUGGCGGCCCUGCUAAGGGGCAUCUUCAGAGGCUCCCCGUGUUCCCAGGAAAGCGGUGUUCUCAGAAGGCUCAUGGUUUACAAACACUGUAUCCCGCUAGUGGAGUCCAGAGAUCUGCAUUUGGCCAAGGCAUCUGAAAUCAUAGGACUGCUGAUGCUGGAGGCUCGCCAGAUGCCAGGCCAGGCCCUGGCUGAACUCGCCACCCUCUUUGUGGACGUUAUUAAAGGAGGCAGCCUGUCCAAUGGGAAAUCCUUGGAGCUGUUUUCCACCAUUCUUACUGCACUGGCUAGUUCUAAGGAGUGCCUGGCUUAUGGGAAAGGUGAAUUGAAUGGGGAAGAAUUUAAGAAACAGCUGAUAAAUACCCUGUGCUCCAGCAAGUGGGAUCCUCGGAGUGCCAUCCAUCUUGCCAAUAUGUUCAGGGAUGUCCCACUAACAGCAGAGGAGCUGCAGUUUGUGGUGGAAAAGGUCCUGAGGAUGUUCUCCAAAUUAGACCUGCAGGAAAUUCCUCCUCUGGUCUAUCAGUUGCUGCUGCUUUCUGCAAAGGGCAGUAAGAAGGCUGUUUUAGAAGGAAUCAUCAGUUUUUUCAAUCAACUGGAUAAGAGACAAAAGGAAGAAGUGAGGGCUCCACAAUCAGAGGACCUUGAAGUAGCCACAAUGCCUCUAGACCAGCUCCGCCACGUGGAAGGCACAGUUAUUCUCCAUAUCGUUUCUGUAAUCAAUCUGGAUCAGGAUCUAGGCGAGGAACUAAUUAAACAUCUAAAGACUGAACAACAAAAGGACCCUUGUACAGCCUUGUGUCCCUUCAGUGUGGCUCUUUUGCUGUCAGUGGCAGUAAAACACAGACUACAAGAGCAGAUAUUUGAUUUCUUGAAAACAUCAAUCGUGAGAAGCUGCAAGGACCUGCAGUUCCUUCAGGGCUCCAGGUUUCUGCAGGAUUUGUUUCCACAAAAAUAUGAUGUUACUGCCAUAAUUCUGGAAGUGGUGCAGAACAGUGCAUUUGGCUGGGACCAUGUUACUCAGGGGCUUGUGGAUCUUGGCUUCAGCCUAAUGGAAUCGUAUGAACCAAAAAAGCCAUUUGGAGGAAAAGUUGCUGAGACCAGUUACGGCCUUUCAAAAACACCAGCCCAACAGGCUUGUAAACUUGGAGCGAGUAUCCUCCUGGAAACCUUUAAGGUCCAUGAGCCCAUCAGAAGUGAUGUUCUUGAGCAGGUCCUGAACAGAGUUCUCACAAAAGCAGCCUCGCCUGUCAGCCACUUCAUAGAUUUGCUGUCCAAUAUUGUUGUGUCUGCUCCUCUUGUGCUUCAGAAUUCAUCUUCCAAAGUCACAGAGACCUUUGACAACUUGUCCUUUCUGCCCAUUGACACAGUGCAAGGGCUGCUCAGAGCAGUACAGCCUCUGCUCAAGGUCAGCAUGUCAGUGAGGGACUCCCUGAUACUUGUCCUCCAGAAAGCUAUCUUUUCCAGGCAGGUCGAUGCCCGUAAAGCUGCAGUUGCUGGCUUUUUACUUCUGCUGAGGAAUUUCAAGGUUCUGGGCAGCUUGUCCUCUUCCCAGUGCAGCCAGGCCAUUGGUGCCACUCAGAUCCAGGCAGAUGUUCAUGCCUGCUAUAAUUCUGCAGCUAACGAGGCCUUCUGCCUUGAGAUCCUGGGCAGCCUGAGGCGAUGCCUGAGCCAGCAAGCGGAUGUCCGACUCAUGCUGUACGAGGGGUUUUAUGAUGUCCUUCGUAGGAACUCCCAGCUCGCCAGCUCCAUAAUGGAAACGCUUUUGUCCCAGAUAAAGCAAUAUUAUUUGCCUCAGCCAGACCUACUGCCCCCACUGAAACUUGAAGGAUGUAUUAUGGCUCAAGGAGAUCAAGUCUUUCUGCAAGAACCACUGGCCCAUCUGUUCAGUUGUAUCCAACACUGUCUAGCCUGGUAUAAGAGCACUGUGCAUCUACACCAAGGAGUGGAAGAUGAGGAGGAGGAGGAGGAGGAUGUGGGAUUUCAGCAAAACUUUGAAGAGAUGCUAGAUUCUGUCACACGGCGAAUGAUAAAGAGCGAGCUGGAAGACUUUGAACUGGAUAAAUCAGCAGAUUUUUCUCUGUCUUCUGGUGUUGGUGUGAAGAAUAAUAUCUAUGCCAUCUUGGUGAUGGGAAUCUGUGAGGUCCUGAUAGAGUACAAUUUCAACAUAGGGAAUUUCAGUAAAAACAAAUUUGAGGAUGUCCUAGGUCUGUUUACAUGUUACAACAAACUGUCUGAAAUCCUGAAGGAGAAAGCUGGAAAGAACAAAUCUAUGUUAGGCAACAAAACUGCCCGGAGCUUCCUGUCCAUGGGUUUUGUAUCUACUCUGCUUACAGCUCUGUUCAGGGACAAUGCACAAAGCCACGAGGAAAGCCUGGCGGUCCUGCGCUCCAGCACAGAGUUUUUGCGCUAUGCUGUCAGCGUAGCUCUGCAGAAGGUGCAGCAACUGGAGGAGACGGGACAAACUGACGGCCCAGAUGGACAAAACCCUGAGAAGAUGUUUCAGAACCUUUGCAGAAUCACGCGAGUUCUGCUGUGGAGGUACACUUCAAUUCCCACUGUUGUCGAAGAGUCAGGGAAGAAGAAGGGCAAAAGCAUCUCGCUCCUGUGCUUGGAGGGCCUGCUGCGGAUCUUCAACACAGUGCAGCACCUGUAUGCUGCCAGGAUCCCCCAGUUUCUACAAGCCCUCGAUAUUACUGAUGGUGAUGCAGAAGAAGCAGAUAUUAAUGUUACAGAGAAAGCUGCCUUCCAGAUUCGACAAUUUCAGAGGUCUCUGGUGAACCAGUUUAGCAGUGCUGAAGAUGACUUCAACUCUAAGGAAACCCAGCUGCUCAUCACAGUUCUCUCCACUUUGUCCAAACUCCUUGAGCCAGCCUCCCAGCAGUUCCUUCAGUUCCUGACUUGGACAGUGAAAAUUUGCAAAGAAAAUGCUCUGGAGGACAUCGCUUGCUGUAAGGGUUUGCUGACUCUGCUUUUCAACCUCCAUGCUCUGUACAAGAGCCCUGUCAGUUUGCUACGUGAACUUGCACAGGAUGUCCACGCUUGCCUGGGAGACAUAGAUCAGGAUGUAGAAGUGGAGAGUCGGUCGCAUUUUGCCAUAGUGAACACCAAGACUGCUGCCCCAACUAUUUGUCUGCUUGUUCUAGGUCAGGCAGAGAAGGUCCUUGAAGAGGUGGACUGGCUUAUCAAGAAACUUAACAGUUUGGGAUCAGACACAUCAGAAGAGUCUUCUCAAACAUCAAACCAGACCCAGGCUCUGGAGAAAGGAGUAAUUCUGCAGCUGGGAACUCUGCUGACAGUUUAUCAUGAGCUGGUACAGACAGCCCUCCCCGCAGGGAGCUGCGUGGAGACACUGCUGAGAAGCCUCAGCAAGACGUAUGCCAUUCUCACCUCCCUCAUCAAACAUUAUAUCCAAGCUUGCCGCAGCACCUCCACCACGAUUCCAGGGAGGCUGGAAAAGCUGGUGAGUACGAGCACAUUGUUGGAGGAAGAGGCUCAUUGUCACUUGUCAGGAGUUACACCAGCCUCUCUGCUUCUUUACAGGUGAAGCUCUCGGGUUCCCAUUUGACCCCACAAUGUUACUUGUUCAUUACUUAUGUUCAGAAUAUUCACAGUGAG